ACAAGAUAUUCUAGGACUUUUGGCUUUGCUUCGGGAAACGGACUCUCUGAGACUGACAGCUGCCGGAAGUGAGGCGCGGGGGAAUGGCAGCCGCUGCGACCAUGGCGGCUGCUGCCCGGGAGCUGGUGUUGCGGGCUGGGGCUUCAGAUAUGGAGGAGGAAGAGGGUCCGCUGGGGGCUGGCUCUGGACUCCAGGAGCCCCUGCAACUUGGGGAGUUGGAUAUCACCUCUGAUGAAUUCAUCCUGGAUGAAGUGGAUAUUCACAUCCAGGCGAAUCUGGAGGACGAGCUGGUGAAGGAAGCUCUCAAAACGGGUGUGGAUCUUCGACACUACUCCAAGCAGGUGGAGCUGGAGCUGCAGCAGAUUGAGCAGAAGUCGAUCCGCGACUACAUUCAAGAGAGUGAAAACAUAGCAUCUCUGCACAAUCAGAUCACAGCCUGCGAUGCUGUCCUGGAGCGCAUGGAGCAGAUGCUUGGAGCUUUUCAGAGCGACCUCAGCUCCAUCAGCUCUGAGAUCCGGACCCUGCAGGAGCAGUCGGGAGCCAUGAACAUCCGGCUUCGCAACCGACAAGCCGUUCGGGGGAAACUUGGGGAACUUGUAGAUGGGCUGGUGGUGCCCUCUGCCCUGGUCACAGCAAUUCUGGAAGCUCCAGUGACAGAGCCCAGGUUCCUGGAGCAGCUGCAGGAGCUGGAUGCCAAGGCAGCCGCCGUCAGAGAGCAGGAGGCGAGAGGCACGGCUGCAUGCGCUGACGUCAGGGGUGUGCUCGACCGCCUCCGGGUCAAGGCAGUGACGAAGAUCCGCGAGUUCAUCCUCCAGAAGAUCUACUCGUUCCGGAAGCCGAUGACCAACUAUCAGAUCCCGCAGACGGCGCUGCUGAAGUACAGAUUUUUCUAUCAGUUCCUGCUGGGCAACGAGCGAGCUACAGCCAAGGAGAUCAGGGAUGAGUACGUAGAGACGCUGAGCAAGAUCUACCUGUCCUACUUCCGUUCCUACGUGGGGCGGCUCAUGAAGGUGCAGUACGAGGAAGUUGCUGAGAAAGAUGAUCUAAUGGGUGUGGAAGACACAGCAAAGAAAGGAUUCUUCUCGAAGCCGUCCCUCCGAAGCAGGAACACCGUCUUCACCCUGGGCGCCCGUGGUGCUGUCAUCUCCCCCUCUGAACUUGAAGCCCCCAUCCUGGUGCCCCACACCGCCCAGCGUGGAGAGCAGAGGUACCCGUUUGAAGCUCUCUUCCGCAGCCAGCACUAUGCCCUCCUCGACAAUUCCUGCCGAGAAUAUCUUUUCAUCUGUGAAUUUUUUGUCGUGUCUGGCCCAGCUGCACAUGACCUGUUCCAUGCUGUCAUGGGCCGCACACUCACCAUGAUGCUGAAACACCUGGAGUCCUACCUGGCCGACUGCUACGACGCCAUUGCUGUCUUUCUGUGUAUCCACAUCGUUCUCCGCUUCCGCAACGUCACAGCAAAGAGGGAUGUCCCUGCUCUGGACAGGUACUGGGAGCAGGUGCUUGCCUUGCUGUGGCCUCGCUUUGAGCUGAUCCUGGAGAUGAACGUCCAGAGUGUCCGCAGCACUGACCCCCAGCGCCUCGGGGGACUGGACACUCGGCCCCACUAUAUCACACGCCGCUAUGCCGAGUUCUCCUCUGCGCUCGUCAGCAUCAACCAGACCAUCCCCAAUGAGCGCACGCUGCAGCUGCUGGGCCAGCUCCAGGUGGAGGUGGAGAACUUUGUGCUGCGCGUGGCUGCGGAGUUCUCCAGGAAGGAGCAGCUGGUGUUUCUGAUCAACAACUAUGACAUGAUGCUGGGUGUGCUGAUGGAGCGGGCUGCUGACGACAGCAAAGAGGUGGAGAGUUUCCAGCAGCUGCUCAGUGCUCGGACACAGGAAUUCAUUGAAGAGUUGCUGUCUCCCCCCUUCGGGGGUCUGGUGGCAUUUGUGAAGGAGGCUGAGGUUUUGAUUGAGCGUGGACAGGCUGAGCGACUUCGGGGGGAAGAAGCCCGAGUCACCCAGCUGAUCCGAGGCUUUGGCAGUUCCUGGAAGGCAUCAGUGGAGUCCCUGAGUCAGGAUGUCAUGCGUAGCUUCACCAACUUCCGGAACGGAACCAGCAUCAUCCAGGGGGCGCUGACCCAGCUCAUCCAGCUCUACCAUCGCUUCCACCGCGUGCUGUCGCAGCCGCAGCUCCGGGCGCUCCCCGCCAGGGCGGAGCUCAUCAACAUCCAUCACCUCAUGGUGGAGCUCAAGAAACACAAGCCUAACUUCUGAUUGGUCCGCCGGGACGUCACC